GUUCUAAUUCAUCAUUCUACUUCCUAGCCUCUUCGUCUUGCUUUGCAUUUCAACAUUUCUCUCCGGAGGAUAUUCAGCCAUGGGGUAUAACGAUUUGCCAACUAGCAUCCUGCAAAGUGAAGCUCUCACCAAGUAUAUCUUAGAAACAAGUGUUUAUCCAAGGGAGCAUGAGCAACUUAAGGAAAUUAGAGAGGCCACCGUUGAGAAAUAUGGCUCGGUGAGCAUAAUGAGCUUGGCGCCAGAUGAAGCACAGUUCCUAUCAAUGCUCUUAAAGGUUAUGAAUGCCAAGAAGACGUUAGAGAUCGGAGUGUUUACUGGCUAUUCUCUUCUCACCACUGCUCUUGCACUGCCAGAACACGCCAAGAUAACAGCAAUUGAUAUCAAUAAAGAAGCCUUCGAGGUAGGAUUGCCAUUUAUCCGCAAGGCUGGCAUGGAGUACAAGAUCAAUUUUAUCGAGUCUGAUGCCAUGUCGGUAAUAAAGGAAAUGUUGAGCAAUGGUGAAGAGGGUUUUGAUUUUGUGUUCGUGGACGCUGACAAGGAAAACUACAUCAAAUAUCACGAAAUACUGAUACAAUUGGUGAAGGUAGGAGGAAUUAUUGCAUACGACAACACCCUGUGGUUUGGCUCAGUUGCAUUUGCAGAAGGUGAUGAGAUGUCAGAAGUUUUGAGAACGCACAGGGAGUCCAUGUUGAAGUUAAACAGCCAUUUGGUUUCUGAUCCUCGAAUUGAACUAUCCCAUCUUUCUAUUGGUGACGGCCUUACAUUAUGCAGGCGUUUGUAUUAAUCAGUGCAAGAUGGAGAGAGAGAGAUGAGUUAGAUUUCUUUCUCGGUGUCAUGGAACUGAAGCUAAGGCGUUUAGCAGCAAUGAUAAAAUAAAGAUUUAUUUUUUAUGAAA